CACCAGGACAGCCCGGCCUUCCGCCACCACCAGCUCUGCCCGCCCCUGCGCGACCUGCAGCAGCGCAAGUGCUCGCAGCACAGCAAGCUCUUCGAGUUCUAUUGCACCCAGCACGGCGUCUGCAUCUGCUCCCUCUGCCUCCUGGGGCACAAGCUGUGCCACACCAGCCCCCUGCAGCAGGCCAGAGCCAACGCCGAGGCGGCGCUGAAGAAGAAACUGGCAGAGCUGCACAAGCAGGGUGAGAGAGCUGCUCAAGCCAUGGACACCUUGAAAACAAACCAAGGCCAAGCUGCUGACACAGUUUCCAGGAAGAAAGAUUUGAUCAGAAAUGAGUUUUCAGAAAUUAAAGCUUUAGUUGAAGAAAGAGAAAUUCAGGCCUUAAAAGUAAUUGCGGAUGCAGAAAAAAGAGUUUGCAAUAAGUUUGAUUAUAUUUAUGGUAUUCUGGCAAGUAAGAAGAAUGAAAUUCAGUCUCUCAAAGAUCAGACUGAGAUGGCACUGACUGAAGCUGAUGACGUUCUGUUUUUGAAGAGAGCAGCAGCACUGCAACGAACAUCAACAAAAGAUGCUUUUGUUCCAGCAAUUGAAAUGGACCAAAACUUGAUACAUUCCACUUAUCAGUCUGCCAUUAAUCUUAAAGACAUUGUGAAAUGUUCAGUGACUCAGUCGAGGGAGAAACUAGCAGAAGUAAAACUAAUACCUGGAAAAACUAGGCCCACUCGUGUGGCUUCUCCAAGCAGAACAGUUGUUGAGAAAAAGGGUCCGGGACCACAGAACACCAAGAAAGAGAAAACUGCUCCCCAAGCUCAAGCCACUUCGCAGGAGGGGGAAAAUACCAAGAAAAAUAAACCUGCUAAAGUUGCACCGACCGUAGCAACACCAAAUAGUACAACUGUUGCUGCAGCUAAAGAGCUUAUUGAAAGCUUUCUGAAGAAACCCAGAGAGGAGCUUUUGCAGCAUGCUGCUCACAUCACACUGGAUUUCAACACAGCUCAUAAUAAAGUGGUUCUGUCUGAGAGAUACACCAGGAUGUCUGUCUCAGACACCCCCAUGAAUUACAACCACCACCCUCAACGCUUCACCGAUUGUCCCCAGGUACUGGGGUUCCAGUGUUUCAAGAGAGGCAUCCACUACUGGGAAGUGGAACUGCAGCAGAACAACUUCUGUGGCAUUGGGAUCUGCUAUGGCAGCAUGGACCGGCGCGGGCCCGAGAGCCGCCUGGGCAGGAACAGCAGCUCCUGGUGUAUCGAGUGGUUUAAUUCCAAAAUAUCAGCCUGGCAUAACGAUGUUGAAAAGUGCUUACCCAACACUAAGGCUACCAAGAUAGGUGUGCUGCUGCACUGCGAGGGAGGGUUUGUGAUUUUCAUGGCUGUUGGGGAGAAGCAUAACUUGAUCUAUAAGUUCAAAACCCAGUUUACUGAGGCCCUGUACCCUGCCUUCUGGUUAUUUUCCAGUGGUACGGUUCUCUCUCUCUGCCAAAUGAAAUAG